AUCGGGCGGGUGCGACUCACGUGACGCUGACUCACCACACAGUGCGGCGGGGAAGGCUACGUCGAGGGGGUCGAAUGGAGAUAAAGUCUUGCUUUGGAAAUUAACACAUCUUCUUGGGGAGUUUAGUCUUCAUAUAUCGUCACAAUGGUCAAUCAAAUUGCUGGUUCCAAGGUCCUUCUGCUGGGCUCUGGCUUCGGUAUGAUCUAUACCCCCCUCUGAUGCCGUCAGGGCGAUGAGAGUCUUGCCCCGCAUUCGGCGUGUUUUUUGUUCGCUGACCUUGUUUCGUGUAGUCACCAAGCCUACUGUUGAGGUUCUCAGCAAGGCUGAUGUUGAGGUUACUGUUGCCUGCAGAACUCUGCAGAGUGCCGAGAAGCUUUGCGAGGGCUUCAAGAACACCAAGGCCAUUUCUCUCGACGUCAGUGAUGAUGCCGCUCUCGACAAGGCCCUCGAGCAGGUCGACUUGGUCAUCUCCUUGAUCCCCUACACCUACCAUGCCCUUGUCAUCAAGGGUGCUAUCCGUACCAAGAAGCAUGUCGUCACCACCUCUUACGUCUCUCCUGCCAUGGAGGAGCUGAACGAGGAGUGCAAGAAGGCCGGUAUCACCGUCAUGAACGAGAUUGGUUUGGACCCUGGUAUUGACCACUUGUACGCCGUCAAGACCAUCUCCGAGGUUCACGCCGAGGGUGGAAAGAUCACCUCUUUCCUCUCCUACUGUGGUGGUCUCCCUGCCCCCGAGUGCUCCGACAACCCUCUGGGUUACAAGUUCUCCUGGUCUAGCCGUGGUGUGCUCCUCGCCCUCCGCAACGCUGCCAAGUUCUACAAGGACGGCAAGGAAUUCAGCGUUGCCGGCCCCGACCUCAUGGCCACUGCCCAGCCUUACUACAUCUACCCUGGCUUCGCCUUCGUCGCCUACCCCAACCGUGACUCUUGCCCCUUCCGCGAACGCUACGAGAUCCCCGAGGCUCAGACUGUCGUCCGUGGUACCCUCCGUUACCAGGGCUUCCCCGAGAUGAUCAAGGUCCUGGUCGAUAUCGGCUUCCUCAGCGACGAGGCUCAGGACUGCUUCAACUCCCCCAUCGCCUGGAAGGAGGCCACCCAGAAGGUUCUGGGCGCCACCUCGUCCAGCGAGAAGGACCUCGAGUGGGCCAUCUCCUCCAAGCACACUUUCGCCAACAACGAGGAGCGCAACCGCAUCCUCGGCGGUCUCCGCUGGAUCGGUCUCUUCUCCGACGAGCAGACCAUCCCUCGCGGCAACCCCCUCGACACCCUCUGCGCUACCCUCGAGAAGAAGAUGCAGUACGCCCCCCACGAGCGUGACUUGGUCAUGCUGCAGCACAAGUUCGAGAUCGAGCACAAGAACGGUGACAAGGAGACCCGUACCAGCACCCUCUGCGACUUCGGUGUCCCCGGUGGUUACUCCGCCAUGGCCAAGUUGGUCGGUGUCCCCUGUGGUGUUGCCGUGAAGUUGGUCCUUGACGGCACAAUCAACAAGAAGGGUGUUCUUGCCCCCAUGACCAUGGACAUUUGCGGUCCCCUUCUCAAGACCCUCAAGGAGGACUACGACAUUGAGAUGAUCGAGAAGACCAUUUAGAUUUGUCUUUUAAAAAAUUUAAAUCUAGUUACGAAGGAAGAAUGUAACGAACAAAAAAGUUCAGGAAUAUAAAUAGUUUAGAGAGCAUCAUUUCUAUCAUCCAAAACGUAGUCAUUUCAUGCUGUUCAUUUCAGGGUACUGUAAGCCCGAAGGGAUACUAAGCUUUCUUUCUUUACAUAUCUUGCUUUCAUCAUAGGAAUUUCUCUAUC